GCCGUGGCUGGGAUCUCGCGGGAAGAGCUGCGGGCACGGCGGUGGCUCGGUCUCCCGGCUGCGCGCGGAGCGGGAGGGCUCUACUCACACAAGCGCUUCCUUGCCGAGAGGCUGGAGCUGCGGCACCGCAGGCCUGAGCCACCCCUUCUCUGCUGUCUCCUUCUCUUCCUCAGGGCUCCCGUGUCUGCUUGCCCUCCGACGCUGCUCAGAAUAUUAAAGGAGACAGGAAGAAGUCCAGAUGAAGUGACUCAUGGAACCAUUUGUUUAUCUGAACCUGAGCUAAAUCUUAGGAGAGAAGGACUAUGGAAAUGAUGUUAGACAAAAAGCAAAUUCAAGUGAUUUUCUUAUUCAAGUUCAAAAUGGGUCAUAAAGCAGCAGAGACGACUCGCAGCAUCAACAAUGCAUUUGGCCCAGAAAUUGCUAACAAAGGUACAGUGCAGUGGUGGUUCAAGAACUUUUGCAAAGGAGACGAGAGCCGUGAAGAUGAGGAGUGUUGUGGCCGGCCAUCGAAAGUUGGCAACGACCAAUUGAGAGCAAUCAUCGAAGCUGAUCCUCUUACAACACUAGAAGUUGCUGAGAACUCAACAUCAACCAUCCUACGGUCAUUCAGCAUUUGAAGCAAAUUAGAAGGGUGUAAAAGCUCGGAAUUUGACAAGAAACUGAAGUUUUGAUUCAGAUAUAUUUUGAAUUGAAACCAGAGAUGUUCUAGAGUUUAGAUUCUUUCAUUUGAUUAAGGUAUGGUCUGAAUAUGCGUUGCUUGGCAGCUCGGGUCAACUAUAAGACUUUGAUUAUUAUCUGCGCACUCUUCACUUUGGUCACAGUACUUUUGUGGAAUAAGUGUUCCAGUGACAAAGCGAUCCAGUUUCCACGGCGUUUGAGUAGUGGCUUCAGAGUGGAUGGGUUUGAAAAAAGAGCAGCAGCAUCUGAGAGUAACAGCUAUAUGAACCACGUGGCCAAACAGCAGUCUGAGGAAGCAUUCCCUCAGGAACAGCAGAAAGCACCCCCUGUUGUUGGGGGCUUCAAUAGCAAUGUAGGAAGUAAGGUGUUGGGGCUCAAAUAUGAAGAAAUUGACUGUCUCAUAAAUGAUGAACACACAAUUAAAGGGAGACGAGAGGGGAACGAAGUCUUUCUUCCAUUCACUUGGGUUGAGAAAUAUUUUGACGUUUAUGGAAAGGUGGUUCAGUAUGAUGGCUAUGAUCGGUUUGAAUUCUCUCAUAGCUAUUCCAAAGUCUAUGCACAGAGAGCCCCCUAUCACCCCGAUGGUGUGUUUAUGUCUUUUGAAGGCUACAAUGUGGAAGUCCGAGACAGAGUCAAGUGCAUAAGUGGGGUUGAAGGUGUGCCAUUAUCUACACAAUGGGGACCUCAAGGCUAUUUCUAUCCAAUCCAGAUUGCACAGUAUGGAUUAAGUCAUUACAGCAAGAAUCUAACUGAGAAACCUCCUCACAUAGAGGUAUAUGAAACAGCAGAAGACAGAGACAAAAACAAGCCUAAUGACUGGACUGUGCCAAAGGGCUGCUUUAUGGCAAAUGUGGCUGAUAAGUCUAGAUUCACCAAUGUCAAACAGUUUAUUGCACCAGAAACCAGUGAAGGUGUAUCCUUGCAACUGGGAAACACAAAAGAUUUUAUUAUUUCAUUUGACCUCAAGUUCUUGACAAAUGGAAGUGUGUCCGUGGUUCUAGAGACCACAGAAAAGAAUCAGCUCUUCACUAUACAUUAUGUCUCAAAUGCUCAGCUAAUUGCUUUUAAAGAAAGAGAUAUAUACUAUGGCAUUGGGCCCAGAACUUCAUGGAGCACAGUUACCAGGGACCUGGUCACUGACCUCAGGAAAGGAGUGGGUCUUUCAAACACAAAAGCUGUCAAGCCAACCAAAAUAAUGCCCAAGAAGGUGGUUAGGUUGAUUGCAAAAGGUAAGGGAUUCCUCGACAACAUUACCAUCUCUACCACAGCCCACAUGGCUGCAUUUUUUGCUGCUAGUGAUUGGCUAGUAAGGAACCAGGAUGAGAAAGGUGGCUGGCCAAUUAUGGUGACCCGUAAGUUAGGGGAAGGGUUCAAGUCUUUAGAGCCAGGAUGGUAUUCUGCCAUGGCCCAAGGGCAAGCCAUUUCUACAUUAGUCAGGGCCUAUCUGUUAACAAAAGACCAUAUAUUCCUCAAUUCAGCUUUAAGGGCAACAGCCCCUUAUAAGUAUCUAUCUGAGCAGCAUGGAGUUAAAGCUGUGUUUAUGAAUAAACAUGACUGGUAUGAAGAAUAUCCAACCACACCUAGCUCUUUUGUUUUAAAUGGCUUUAUGUAUUCUUUAAUUGGGCUGUAUGACUUAAAAGAAACUGCAGGGGAAAAACUCGGAAAAGAAGCAAGGUCCUUGUAUGAGCGUGGCAUGGAAUCUCUUAAAGCCAUGCUGCCCUUGUAUGACACUGGCUCAGGAACCAUCUAUGACCUCCGUCACUUCAUGCUUGGCAUCGCUCCUAACCUGGCUCGCUGGGACUAUCAUACCACCCACAUCAAUCAGUUGCAGCUACUCAGUACCAUUGAUGAGUCCCCAGUCUUCAAAGAAUUUGUCAAGAGGUGGAAAAGCUACCUUAAAGGCAGCAGGGCAAAGCACAACUAGAGCUCACAACCAAAAUUGCACUUCAGCCUCUGCUGUACACAGAAACUACAGGCUCUGUCUCAGGAGAGCAUAGGCACAUUUUAAAAGGUUAUGUACUAGGUUUUUGUGGAUUCUAUCAAAGUGAUAAGUGAUCCUUAAAACCAGCCUUCUAAAAUAAUUGCAUUCCAUGGGUUGGGUAUUUAGAAAUGUAGGUGGCAUUUAGAACACAAUGUUUAAUCAAUGGGCUGAACAAAGAUGCUUCACUUUGCCUUGCCCAUCACCCUAUACAGUUUCGCAGAUAGUCUAGUCACUCUAUGUGAGAAAGAUAAUGGUAAGUAGUUGCUACUGGCCAACUGUCUAGCACUUACCUGAAAACUUAGUAUGGAGCUCUGUUAAAAUGUGAUUAUUUAUAUUUAUGUUGAAAGCGGACUUUAAAAAAAAUAAUGUGCUGUAAUACAGUAAAUAUGUACUUGUAGCCUGGAUAGCAGACUGUGUUCAACUUUUUAAAAAGAUGUUUCCUUUCUAUAGAUUAAUUUCUUGGGAGCAAAUGAGUAUUUGUUGCAUUUGUUCAAUUUGUUGUAUAUGGUGAAUAUUUAAUUAUGGUUUUCUUGAAACGUGUAAAUUAAAAACACAAUCAGUGUUCAGGCUUCACAGUUAUAUAAUGUAAGCACAACUAAAAUGAAACUUAUUGACUGCACAAGAAAUUACAAAAAUGUUUCUGUUUUGAAACUUGAUCUACAAUCAGUAAAAGUUUGAUAAUCAGUAUAUCCCUCCCCAACCCCCAUUGUGACAGUUUGUUUUUGUCACUGUCUAGAAUUUUGUAUUUUAUUUCAGACUAUACCUUGGAGUUUUGUAUAUUUUGAGAGAGAUAUUUUUGAGACAUUAUUUUGGAAACUUAUUACAAAUCUAAAUUUGGAAAGGAGCUAGUAGCUUUAAGGCCACCACCAUAUUUUACUUUUUUAGGAUUUUUCCCCCUUUAAAUAAAAAUAUUAGAUCAAAUACUAUAUGCAAGAAUCAUAGCAAAGUUUUUUUUUCCUACCAAGAUCAUUCUUGAUCAUCAGCUUCCCAAACUAGUAAGUCUGUGCAUCAUUGGGUGUUUUUUUAAAUUUAAUUUUAAAUUAUUCCAGCUAUUAGAUAGAAGGGAUGUUACUGCACUUAUGUGUAAUCAGAUCUUUAUUUAGGUAUACAUAUCCUCCUAUACCGCACAUAAAUAGAUUUCAGAGCCCCCAUACAAUGGGCAGUGUCUGCUAUAGGGCUUCAGGCAUUAAAUAAAACCGAGGGUUGUUGAUUUUGCUGUGACAGUACACUAAAUCAAUACUAUAUCUUAUACAGUUUGAAAAUAUGAUACCCUACACUUUCAGGGGACCGAGUCUGACAAACACAAUACAUUUAUCUGUGACCUAUAUCAAGUACACAUUUAGGAGCCAGGUAGGUUACCUGCUUACACACUAUAUUUUAAUUGAAUUCAAACUACUAAGCACUACUUAGAAACUGGAAAACAUAUAUAUGUUAGCAUCAAAGGGGGCAGAAGCAAAGAAGAUACAGAUCUGCGUGGAAGACAUUAGACUGGCCAUAGAAAAGUAAGCUUGAACUCCCAAUUGAUGUGACCACACUUUUCUUAAUUUUGCUCACAGUAAAAACACUUUUUUGAGUUAUUAGGCUUACCCCUAGCUUUUGACCUUUGCAUUUCAUAUAUGUUAGAUGUCUCAGCAAGAAUAUCUGGUCUCCCCUAAUUUUUAUUCCCAGUGCCGAUGUUCAAAUAAACUUUCUCCAGUCUGGGAACAUUUUUUACUUCCCCAUAUUUCUUAUUAUUUAGAAUGGUUCAUACGUCUGCUUUGUUUGCAUACUGGUCUUCAGAUUAUGAGACUUGAUGAUAACAGUAUGGUACUGCUUCUGUGACAAAUAUCGUGCCUUAACAAUGUGGCUGUCCUUUUCCACUGAAGAUGGAAAGACUUUUUGAUCUAGAAAUAACGUUGUGAUUUCCUUGCUGUUGGUUUUACACUGCCUUCCACAUUGCAACAGCAAGUCGAUUUCUUGUGAUCCCAGAAUUUUCUAAGAGGAUGAGUUGAAUCUAUAGCAGCAUUGUCAGUACAGACCAGUGGUUCUCAAACUUUAAAAUGCCUCAGCAUCACUUGGGAGCUUAUUGAAAUGCAGAUCCCAGAGUCAGUAAAUCUGCCUGUGAAGUAUGAUAGUCUGCAUUUGUAAUGAGCAUUCAGGUGAUUCUGAUGCAGGUGAGCUGGGGGCAUACAGGGAGGAACACUGCCCUGGACUAUCCAUUGCAUUUUUGCCUCUAAACAACUACAGAAUUUUCUAGGGUUUUAAAUUAUGUAAAAUGUUUACUUAUUCUGAGCUUAGAGAGAAUGGGGAGGGUAUUUUUAAAUUUUAUUGUUUUAUUUCUUUAAGUUUUUCUUUGCUUUAAGAUUAUAGGUAUUAGGUUUGUUUUUGUUUUUCCACUUAUCUUGAGUUCACUUUGAUGUUAAAUCUAUUGCUACUUCAGUUGUAAAACCAGCCAAAAGUUUCUGGAUGAAGGUCAAGUUUGACCUCUUAGGAGUUAUUGUACAUAAAGGCUUCAUCCACGAACCAUCCAGCGCACAGAAGCAAGUGCAAAAAUGACACAAGCACAACUCUCCAGACGUGGCUCCUUCUCCUUUCUCAGUGCAGACUCUCACUGAAAGCUGCUAUUUUCAUCCUCCUUGUGGUUGCUUUUCUUGUUUCUCUUCCAUUGUACAUGUGGGUUAUAUACCAUAUGUUAAAUAUGCAAUAAAGUGUUUACAGGAUGCCCUUCUGAAGGGUAGUCCUUUGUAAAGCUGUACAGACUUUGCAGUUUAAGCACAAUGUGCACAUGUUAGUUUUAUAUACAGCAAAACUUGAUUUUUUGCAGAUGGAAAGGUAUUUUGUUUCUAUACAAAGUAAAUGGAUUGUUUGUGCUUAAUGUAAAGCCGCUUUAUAAAACUGUAAAAUAAAGUUUUUUUCUUAAAAAGAA